AUGGUGGAAGUCACAGGGACGACGCCGGUGGACGAGACAGCAUUUGAAGAAGCCCUGGGCGAAGCAGUAUGGAAGGGAUGUGCAAGUGGGUACUGCCUGGAGAUACAGCAAUGGAUCCUGUCUCGCGUACAGUUCUAUGCCAGGUGCAGCUCACUCGACGAGGGCAGCAGCGUCCGCGAAAUGAACGACCUGUCCUUUCUCGAGCUCAAACCGGAGCAUCACAUUCGUCAGAGCACAUUGACUCCUGAUCAGCUCAUCUACGCAUACCUCAACUACCUUCGUGUACAUUUCAAGAGCGAAUUCAAAGACGUGAUGCCGCAACAAGCAACGGAUGUGCCUCCCAUUAUGGUGGCAAACUCGACGCAUCAAGUCCACACCCCUUCAACUACACAUCGCGAGGUCAAGGGUCCAAAGAAGCGCGUGGCCCUCUCCUCGCAGCCGACUGCACCUGCUCCAUCAUGGACGAAUCAGGACUUUCCGCCCCUUGGUGGGGCCCCAAAUAAAGCCACUAAAGCAAUACACACACCGAAAAAGCCGCUCAAAGACAAACGUCGUAUCCGAUCCACGCUUCUGUCCACGACACCGCAGGUAGACGAUGGCGGUGGCGGCAAACUGUUCACUUCUGCCGCAAAUGUCGACGUACCCCUGAAGAAGGACGUGAUGGCAAAAUUCGAGACUCGAUUGAUGGCACCUCCGUCCAGCCUCCAGGAAGGCGCGACUUCCCAUCUGUCGUGUCCCCAACCAUCCAUGGAAAGCACCAACAACCACGACCCGCCACCCCCAGACUUCGACAAUGCACCCGACGUGGAGCAUGAAGUUCUGGUACUCGACGAGAUUGACCAUACGCCAUCCCCUGCGGCGCUGCUGUACUCGUUCUUACUUCAAUCAAAACUCGCCCCCUGCACCACCAUCGAGCUACAAUGGCUUUUCUCCCUCCUCGUUCAAAAGCCUUCCGACAACGACCCAACGUCCAAGCAGUUUGCCAUGUCCGUCUUGAACACAAUUCCAUCCUGGCUCGAAGCGUACGGCGUGGAUAUCCUCAAGCUCGUGAUCGACGCAUUUCAAAAAGCCAGGGUCGCCACACCGCUUCUCGACCGGUUCGUGCUGUACUUAGACCAGUACGAAGGCGAUCGCGCGACGGAAAGUCAAGUCGCCGGCGCGCCGCUUCCAAUCGAAAGCGAAGCAAUCCCGUCCUUGCAUGGCAACUUUGCCCUGCCGUUUCGAGAAGACACGGACUCGAGGCUCCAUUUCCGCACGCCCCACGAAAGCGUCGUGUUUACAAACCGCGAAAAGGCCCGCGACGGGUUUCUCGCGUUGCUGCGGUCGUGGCAGAAUGCCCAGUCUGCCAUCGCCGUCCGCCGUCAAGAGGACGUGCGUCCGCCAUCGGCAGUGUUGGACGACCUGCUCGUGGAGAACCACUGGUGGUUUGCCCAGUUGUUUGUCAUGGAGUUGCUUCAAGUAGCGGCCAACCCCGUGGGCGAACACGACCACGACCUCGUGCGUCAGAUCAUCCACGACGACAAGCAGCUCAAGAAUGCUGACCGGCUGCGGAAACUACACCAGAGAUUCACGCAUGUGCCGUCGACGCAACCGCAAUUGACGUUGGAAAAGCCACGAGAUCCAUCCCAUGCAGCAGCACCAUGCGCCGCCGCCGCCUCGUUCCCGGACAACCAGCGCUUUUUCUAUGACUUUUUGGUCAUGACCAACCAUUUCCAGUUUUCGUCGUUGGUGGCUGUGGUGCUGCAGUCGCAUCUGUGCCAAACCCUCGCAACGUUUCAACCAACGUCGUCGUCGUCGUUGUCGACCACGGCCAUGCGAAAACAAUUCAAUGUCAAAGUGCUCCAAGCCAAGUUGCUCGGCAAGUUUCUCGGGUGGCUCCACUACGCGCCAUGCUGGUCGUCCACCCCUCGCUCGUUUAGUAAACACAACGCCGCCAUGGAAGCCGCCACUCGCGAAGCUAUUGGCAUGCGCAACCACGUCCAAGUGCCCCUCGACAUUGCGUCUUAUAUUACGACGGCCGUGGCCCAACAUACGCUCAUGGCCCACGUUCCUUGGGUGUGCGAAUACAUGGCGAUGGUGGCAAAAGACCCGGUGGCGUGCGCCACCGCGUACUUUCGGGCCGUGCUAGCAAGGCUGCACCAAGUGUUUUGUUCCCGUCGAUUGAACGAAUCGCCGCGGGAAAACGCGUGGUUCGUGGCGCUGCAACUGGAAGCGUUGUUGAAGGGCACUCCACAUCAACAACAACCAUCGCAGGCCGGGAUGAUGGUGGCGGCAAGACGACUGGUGCCGUCGAUGAGUGGCUCCACUGCCACCGACGACGAAAGCAACAACGUCGCGACCUUGCUGGACGAACCUUGUCAAGGCAUGGACGGUACCUUGUUCCUUGCCAACAACUUGUUUGUCCAAUGUUGUGUUCAAGACGUGCCGACGUUUCGGCGAUUCCUGCAAACGAUCCAUCAAGAUGACAAGCAAGCGACGAGCCGCAAAGUCAAACUUCGACCGCUGGUCGUCCAAGAACCGUCGCUCCUGGCGCCGUCGCUAGACACCCCGCCACCGUCGACGCCACCGUCCACGUCUUCGCCGUUUUCUCCAAAGAACCUCGUCGAGUCGGCGCUAACACUGGCGUUUUACAAGCAAUACCCGAGCGUGAAACCUACGAUCGAAUUCGUGGUCGACACGAUGAUGACCAACGUGUGUCAUUUUGCCAACACGACGCUGCUGCAGCCUGCCGCGGCGGCGUUCGUCGAUCGAUUGCAUGCGACGAUGGACCCGACCCUUGUGAAAGACGACCAAACGAAUUGGAUCAGUGCACAAGUUCGGCUGCACUUGCCCGCGGCCAAGGCGCAGGCCUGCCGCCAAGCUCGGGAAGCGUCGCAACCAUACUGCAGACACCAUAUUCCAUUGGCCAUGACGUCGCUGCUGUCGCCAACUUUGCCCCAUUGCGUCAAGGCAAUCGCCAUUGACCUCGCCACGGAACGCGCCGUGGCCAGUCUCGAUACCCUCGUACACACCAGUUUGGCCAUGGAGUUUACCAAGCACAUUGUGGCGCGCAUGCGAAAGAUGAAAAAAGAGUCUACACCACCAACGCCCAUCUCUACGGCGUCCACGGCGCUUGAUCGGAUGUAUGCCCUCUCCAAGCUUGUGCUGGAGGACGACCCGAUCGUCCAUCUCCGUGCAUUUGCCGACCUAGUGACGUGCACACAAGUGACUCCAGUCGUGCUGUGCUGUUUGUCUGACACGCUGCCCCACAUCCCCCUCGACCACCCAUCGGUUGUGGCCGACGUCGUGCGGUGUAUUCACCACGUCCUCGUUGCACCACCACAUACCCACGAAACGUUUGCGGCGGCGUUGGUCACGUCCAUCGUGUCAGCGUCGCUGAACCGCGAUAAGACGGACCUGACCGUCCAGUUGAUUCGGGAUCUGUGCGACGUGUGGCCGCCGUUGGGAGGAUCCAUUCAGGCCGUUAUCAUGCAUGCUCGUCAUACACACGGCGACCUCGUUCGCCGAGUCUAUAGCCACAACGCGCUCCUCUUUGCCACUGCUAUGGCCGCCAUCACGCUUGCAUCGACCCCCCACCCGUCGACGUCCCCCGCUGUAAUUUAUUAAUCGAGACAUAUCUUGUUGUCGAUUUAACACUAUUAAUGGGUCAAAAUAUGCCCGACGAUGUCGU